AUGGAAUACGGACCGAGUUAUUCCGAGUAUGAGGAUGGGGGUCCAUUGAUUGGAGGCAACGGUGCAACCACCUCUGAACGCGUCACUAUUCCGACGACUACAGGACGUAUUAUGGACCGUAAUGACGCGUUGUUUAAACGUUCCAAGGGCCAAUGGAACAUUCGUCGUCAUAAAGCACCUCAUUAUUGGAAGCUCUAUAUGCAGGACCCCUUUCAUACAGUCGUUAAUAUGCGGCUGAGUAAAGUACUUGGGUCACUUGUUUUUGCGUAUAUCUUUGUGAUUGUUCUGUUUAGUGUGCUGUAUAUGACACCCUCUCAUCAGUGCAAGCUCGCCAUCUUUUCAUUCUUUGAUGGGUUUUCCUUCUCCGUGUCGGUGCUUUUUACUAUUGGUUUUGGUACCAAUGGUGGAGACGUUUUCUUUGGUGAUUGUGUCUGGGUCCAGACGAUUAUCACACUCGAGUCCUUAUGUGGCAUUUUGCUGGAUGCAUUAGCUAUUGGAAUCAUUUUCCAACGGUUCUCGCGUGCCCAAGCUCGUGCUAACACGAUUGUGAUGAGCACGCACGCUUGCGCUCGUCGUAUUCGUGGUGACUUGUACUUCAUGUUCCAGGUGUGUGAGAUGCGCAAGCACCAGCUCGUGGAGGCUCAUGUGCGUAUGUAUGCGAUCCGACACGAUGAGGAGUUUGGCGAGCGCUACUACUUCCAAUCGUACCCGAUGCGCAUCCAGCACCCAGAUGACGACCUUGGUGGUAUGCUGCUGCUAGCGCUACCUUCGGUUGUCGUGCAUCGCAUGGACGCAUGGAGUCCACUGCUUCGACCGAAGAGUGCUGAGACUUGUGGUCUCCACCAUAAUCCCGCUAGAGGCUAUUUGUUCCCAGAGCCUCUAUGCCGCGCGGCUGAUGCCCAAAGUGGAGACCGCGACGGCACUGUGCAAGUCAAACAAACCACAACAUCAGCCCAUAACGCGUGUCGUUGUACGAAUGGCACGAUAGAUGAUGUGAAUGCUACGACACCGUCCUCGACAAUUGAAGAGAUUAAGCAGUAUUGGGCCGAGUCUCAGCUGGAGGUAGUGGUGCUUGUGGAAGGUAUUGAUGCCGUCACAUCGGCAACGAUUCAGGUGCGGCAUUCGUACAGGGCAGAGGAUAUUAUUUUCAACCAUCGCCACGUCAACUGCGUCGAUGUGGAUCCAGAAACUGGCGGUGCUGUGAUUGACUUUCGCCGUUUUCAUGAGACGAAGCCAGUGGAUCCCGAGUGCAAUAAGGUAGCUGGCAGUUUUUACUGA